UUACGGUUUUGGUGCUUAGAUGGUUUGAUCUGUUGCUCGCGCAUCUAUGGGUGGGGCUCUUCGUUUGAGUAGAUUAUUUUUCUCCUGUCAUGGUGUGAAUUAUGCGUCGGAUAUCUGUUUCACCGUGGUGUGUAAUUCUCUCUUUGUUCAGCGCAACCUUUACCCCAGCUUACUUCCUUGAUUCCCGGGAAAUUGUCUUGUAUGGAUCUUCCGACAUUUUUCCGGUGACAUCAAAACGUUCUUACAUGGUUUUUCAGCCAGGGUUGUUCAUCUCCGUUACUGUUGUCCUACUAACUUCCUAGCGGCCCAUGUUCCCCAUAUUUAUCUAGGAAUGCAAUGUCCGCUGUACCGAGUAUUGAACAUGUCCUUCCUAACGAAACUCUUUCUGCCAUCUUCGAAAUUCUCCCCCUUCCCGUCCUUGCUGACAUUGCGCGCGUUUCCCGUCACUUCAAAGCAGUCGCAGAGCGCGUCUUGUAUUCUGCCAUUCAUGUACGAGACACCAUCUCCACCACGGACUCUCAUCCCUGGCGUACAACGAGAUGUUGUGAUUCUCUCCUUCAGCGUCCUCAUCUUGUCGAAUCAAUUCGGACAUUUCAUAUCCGCUGGCAUACCACAGAAAGGACAUCAUUAUCUGCCCUGAACCUCGAACCGGCUUCAAACAAAUUGGCAGCCACUCUUCGAACCCUUCAUUUUCUCGAUUCUCUCGAGUUGGCCCUUGGUCCUGCCAAUAUGGCUGCAGCACAUCGCACCCACCUUCACCCUAUCGAGCGGAUAAUCCGCGGAUGCUACUUCCCACACCUCCGGAGCUGUUCCUUCGGUGCAGAUUGGGCCAAAGGCGUCCAAUCAUAUUCCACAAUCUUAGACUCAUUUCUAUCGUCCGUACCGUUACUACGGCAUCUGAAACUCUCAGAUCACCACGAGGCCUUAAAAUUGCGGUCGGACGCUCUUCCCAACUUAUCAUCUUUCCGCGGUUCCACCGACACUGCUGCUUACAUCCUCCCGGGGAGGCCCGUCCAGAGUCUUUCACUCAUAGGUCAGGAUUCUGAUGUCACCCGGGACAAUCUCCCGCGAUUCACGCACACUACCACACCAUUGCGGUUCCUCGACCUAUCGGCAAUGUCUGUGAGACCUAUUCUCCUCCGUAACAUAGCUACCUACCUCCCCAUGGUAGAGGUUAUACGGAUAAGACUCACACUGCGUCACACGCUCCACUACGCGCUUUCUGGCAUUAGGCUAUUGACCGGAUUAUCGCCCGUCUUGCAUGUGUUCAGUCGCUUGACUUUGCUAGACCUUUCGCCCACUGUAGUAGCCGGACUACCUCAAUCCAAUGGUGACGAGGAAUCAGCAUUGUGCAGAGAGUGGAGCCGUGCGUGUCCUUCCUUGCGGCGGGUCAUUUUUCCUUCCCAGAUGGAAUGGGCCAUUGGGCAUGAUGGGGUCUGGGGACCCGUCGACUAA